CCACACACUGCGCCCAGACACCAGAUACCUCAUUGCACUCUUCUUCUCGACUCUCUUCUCUGUGCCAUACACAUACUCGCUUCUCCUCCACCCACGUCGCCGCUGGCCACCAAGAAACACGCUGGCCACCACGUCACCGCUGGCCAUACCCGCUUCUCCUCCACCGUGACAUCCACCACGUCGUUGGCAGCAGCGAGAAAACAGCGCAGUGCCGGAGAACGCAGAGCCACCAUCGGACUGUGAUUGGCGGACGAUUCCGACCGCCACGACCACCGCGAAGACAGGAGUUUCUUUUCUUCAAAUAUGGAUGAGAGCAUGAAACAGUUCCAAAAAAAAUUAACAGAACUGGAAGUGGAAGCUGAGCACCAUCUUUUAGCCCGACAACAGCUGGUUGAGAAUGAUAGAUUGAGAAAUGGGAAUAGAGAAGCACUUACUGCAUUAAGGAAAAGGGCUCGGACAACAAUGAGCAGUGUUCCAUCUCCUUUCGAGUCAAUGAUGAGGGGAGUUGCUGGGAGCUCAAGACCUUUGGUUCAGGAGGUAUGCAACACCUGUGGCAACCAUAACACUUCUGAGCCGACAUGGAUGAUGUUUCCAGGAACAGAUCUGUUUGCCAGAAUACCGUUUCAUGCAGCUCAUACUAUAUUGGAAACAGAUCAAGCGAAGCUUGACUUUGAGUCAAAGAAACUACAGAGCAUUAUGAAGGAAAAAGCUUACCUUCUAUCAGAGUCAGGUGUUCUUGCAGACAAGAUAAGCCCUGGAUUGCUCAAAUCGCUUGUAACCUUAAAUGACAAGAGAAAGUAAGAUGCCUUGACCUGCUAUAUAGUGAGAAAAAGCUUGUCGUUGCAUUGUCAACUAGGUGGAAAAUGGCAGUGUUUUCUGGGAGAAUCUUGAAGCAUUUGAAAACUUUAUGGAACUCUUAAUCUAAAAUCUUCCUGACGAAACUUUUUAUAUUUCCUACAUCUCAUUAAAAUGUAAAAAAAAAUAAAAAUAAAUCCAGAAUGAAA